AUGUCUGACAUCGUUUUAGCUCGAUACUUCAGAUAUGUCUUCUGGUGGUCCUCCGCAGUCGUGAUGCUUGACUUUGUCUUGAACCUUAUCUGGUUGCCUAUUGGUACCGCUCACACCUGGGGAUUCCGUACCACCCACGAAGCCUUCAUGACUACGUACAAUGGCACCGGAGCCCCGGCUGGCUGGAACUGGUGUCUUUCCUAUCUUGCUACCGCUGGUAUUUUGAUUGGAUUCGAUGCCUCGGGACACGUUGCGGAAGAAACCAAGAAUGCCUCUGUCACUGCUGCCCGUGGUAUCUUCUGGAGUACCGUUGCCAGUGGAUUCGGUGGUUUGGCCACCAUCAUUCUCUUUUUGUUCUGCGCGCCUGAUGCCGAGACACUGAUGGGCUUUGGCUCGCCCCAACCCUUUGUGCCCCUUUACGCCGUUGUUCUGGGCAAGCACGCCCAUAUCUUCAUGAACAUCGUCUGCGUUUUCGCUUUGUGGCUGAACACCGCAAUUGCCAUCAUCGCCGCCUCUCGUCUUGUCUUUGCCGUCGCUCGUGAUGGUGUGCUCCCAUUCUCGGGUUGGGUCUCUCGUGUCAAUAAUGGCCAGCCACGGAACGCAGUCAUCGUUGUCUGGGCUGUCGCCGCCCUGGUUACUUGCACCCUUCUUCCAUCCGCCACGGCGUUUACUUCUCUUGUCUCGGCAGCCGGUGUCCCCAGUGCUGCCGCUUAUGGUCUGAUCUGCCUGGGUCGACUGAUAUGCACCCCAAAGCGGUUCCCGAAGCCGCAGUGGAGUCUCGGUCGCUGGAGCAAGCCGUUCCAGUUCAUUGGUGUCUUCUGGAAUGGUUGGGUUGUGGCUGUCCUGUUCUCGCCUUACGUGUUCCCAGUGACUGGCGAGAACUUGAAUUAUGCCCCCAUUAUCAUGGCUGGAGUCACCAUUUUGGCAUUGAUCUCCUACUUUUUGAUGCCCGAGAGUGCCUGGCUUCCUCGUGAUCGCAUCACUCACUUCAUUGAUAGUAAGGGCGCCACUGAGACCGUGGAAGAAGUUGGCUUCACCGACCAUGGUGAGUCGAGCACUCGAUGA